AAAACAAACAUGGCGGAACUUAUGCUAAAAGUUUGGCUCGCUGCUUUUAUCGUUAAUUUUGCACAUUGGGAAAUAACUUUAGUGGAAGGAAACACAGUAACGUCAGCCAUUCAAUUUACAAGCUCAAGUUCUCAGUCUGUGGAAAUUCUAUCAUCAAUAGCACCCACGAAAACAACAGGGAACAAUUCUACAAUACAAACCAAGUUGCCGGAUUUGGAAUGUCCAGACAGUGUUCCCUGUAGCCAUCUUGGUGGUUCUUGUAUUCAGUGUGAUUUCAACUAUUCGUGUAUUUACGGAGAGGAGGUCAAAGCAGAGUGUAAACCUAUUAGCUCUACCAUCAAAUGCACGGUAUUAAAUCUUUAACAUAUUUAAUAACGUUUAAUAUAUACGCCAACGUCGUAGUCGUCGUAGUUAAUAUCAGAGGUGUUAAUUAAAUUAAGCUUGUCGUCAAAGUGUUCGCCUAAUUUUAGAACCCCAUAUUGCGAUGGAAAAUUUAGUGAAACAUUUCUCAUUCAUUUUUCUGUGCUGUAGGGACCUCAAAUCUUCAAUAAAACGUUUAACUGUAGGUACUGUUAUCAGUCACAUCCCAAGAACUAUAAUUGCCAGAAACAGUCAGGAUGCCAGGUAAGAAGUCACAAAUACUUUUAAUUGUUUUGUAGUACAACUUCAUCAAAUUUGGCGUGAUUUAUGCUAGAGAUGAACAACCUGUGUAGAUGACACUCUAUCAUUUAAUUCUUGGUUUUCACAUGAUGUCACCAAAAUUCAAACUAAGAAACUAUUGCUUCUUCUUAGAAGCAAUAGGGGCGAACAAAUUUUUGAUUCAAAAGGGUUCUUUGUUUUCCGAGACAGGAUGCUUGAAUUUCCAGGCUUUUGCGUGAUGCCUCAUUUAGCUAGCGGCCGGGAAAGCUCUUAUGUGGGUUAAAAACAUUACGGAUUUUUGGAGAUUUUGCUAUCUAUACAUUCCUUGUCUUAGAAUAAAUAUUACUUUAAUCUUUAUGAGUUCCUCAAGCAAAGAAUUCACGCAUAAAUAGGAAAGCUCACAAACAGAUGUUUCUGUUGGUUUCCGGCAGCCAUAUUUGUGCCCCUGAAAGGGACACAAACAUUGCGUCUCCACACAAAGCUUUAUAGAUUUGGGUAAAACGUUUUUCCGAAUACCUCGCAUAUGAACUAUUGCAUAGACCUGAUUCUUGGCAAGGCUUUUUGUAUAAUUAUUUAUCUUCUUUCAUUUCCCAGAUUCUAGACUUUCUGCUUUCUCACAUGAGUGAAAACUGAGAAUAUACCAAAGAGAUCAAUAAAUUUAUACUGUGGCUGUGUAUAAAAAAGGCAAACAGACAGAUUACCUGUCCAGCACAUCUUUCAGGAUUAACUAAGGAGAGAGUUUGUCCAAAUGCAAGAUCUGCCUGUUUCCUUGUGUUUAUACACAAAUAAAUGCAAUAUAAAGGAGGUUGAAAAGUCACCAAACAUAUGAGCUGAUUUAUUCAAUUUGUAAGAUGAAUUUCAAGACAAACCAAAGUGCCUACUUAAGUUUGUCCAUAUGGAUCAUCUGUUGCUUUUAAAAAAAGCCAUGGGCCAAUACUGAUAGCUUCACUGUUUGAAUCGCUUAACAACUUUGCUAUUUGGAUGGAAUAGCAUGUUCCUAAUUCUCUUCUUCUCUUCUCUUCAAUUUCAACCAUAGUUAGUAGAGGAGACUGGUUAAGAAACCCGGCAAACAUCAAAGUUGAAAACAAUGGUGCUGUAGGUUAUGUUGGAAGCUCCCUGACCGGGCACAAUCCUUUGUUUUCUGUUCACAAAUUAUGACUGAAUAAAUUAAUGCAAUGUUUCUAUUGGUCAGUAACUUUAAAAUUAUAGGAAUACUUAUUUAUUGCUUGGAUUUUUAUUUCAGUUGUAUAUUGGUAAGUGUGCGACGAGGGGUGCAAUUCAAUUUUGGGCGCAUGCAUUAUUUAUUUAUUUAAGUUGCGUGUACAUUUAGUUCGUUUAAUAACGUCUUAGUUUUGCUUUGUGUUAUUUUCCUCACUUAUAUGUGUUGUCCGCGACUGUGCUCACACAGUUGGUGACUUCUCCUAAAAUGUUCUGCAAUUGGUACAGGAUUUAAUGGAGCCGAAACCAGUAGUGGAAUUGCACAUAUUUUAGGCAUCCUACUGAUGAACAGUUAGGACACGUAGAUAUAUUUUUUAGCAACUACUAUAAUUUGCAGUCUGUCUACUUUGAAUUGAAUUGAAGGCUGUGCACGGUCAGGUCCAAAAAAGCUAACAAAAACCUGUAACAAAAGGUCUCCCAACUUUUCCACUUUAAUUAACUAUGUUUCAACUAAACCUAGAGGAAUAUUUUAGCUGACACAGGGCUGUCGCUAACAUUUCAAGUUGCCGGGUACAUGCAAUCAGUAGAAGGGGAAUUGAACAGAAAGGAAGUACUUUCGUUUUUAUUUCCCCCGGGGAGUACUGCCAUAUAUGGGCUAUAUAAGUAUGUGCCGCUAUAAAGGGUAUGGUUUUCAAGCCGUUUACUCUAGGAUAGGGUAUAUAAAUCAGAGCGUUUUGGUCUAGAAUAGGGUCUCAUUUUUCAGGAAACUGAUCAGUUGGUUGAAGAUUUUAUCAAGACUGGGGAAACAGCCACUCUAGGAUAGGGGGGGUUUGGGGAGUUUACUCUAGUAUAGGGUAGCAAAAUUCAGCUGAACUAGCUCUGGUAUAGGUUAAGGGUUCCAGGGUCGCAGUGGCACAUCCCCACCCAGAAAUUCCUAAAGUACCCCCCCUCCCCGGGUUAUUUUCCUUUUGUUUCCUAUAAGAUUAGUCGGGGAUAACACUCAUAGUAACUGGGGAAAAUCCCCCGCCUCCGGCUCUUAGUGACAGCCCUGCUGACAUACCAGAAUUUUUUUGUAGGUGGUGUCCAGUCCUAGAGAGAGAUACCAAACAAAUUGCACUGUAAAAGAUGAUAUUAUUUGUUUAGGUAAGAUCUGUUUUUACUACAUAUUUGGUCAUAACUGACUGCGGGACAGCCCUCAGAAUUUUUUCAUCAUUCUAUUCUGACAGUAAUAAAACUUUUUCAUUAUGUUUAUUCAUCCUUAUCACAGGAAAAAAUAACGGAUUCCCAUUUUUUGGGUAUUUUUUGGAUAUUUUAGUGAGACAAGUCCCAACCAGGGAAUUCCCAACCAAGUUCCCUGAUUGGGACUUGUCUCACUCUUCCAAUUUUGGGAUUUUUGUGGGUAUUCUUUAAAUUCCCUAAAAUAUCUAAAAAUGGGAAUCGGUUAAUUUUUCCUGUGUAUGGAGUUAACCAGUAAUAUUAAAUGUAUUUGUAGUAAGGUUUUUGAUCCUCAUUUUUCUCUAUUUCCAUCUGGUCUAGUGUUUUUUAACAGUAAGGGAAGGAAAAAGGAAUGGAGUAAAAGGAAAAAGAAAAUCAAGCUAAAGAAAAAGAGUUCAAGAAAAAUCAAUUAGUGCAAAGAGCCUAAAUUUGCCUCUCCUAUCAAAGCUGAGAUAACCAAGUUUCAUUGUUUGUAAUGUUACAUCCUAUAACUACAGUCGACUUCCAAUAAUGAUUUUUCGAACCCUCACUAACUUGAACCACAUGUUAACUUGAACCAAAAUCGAUUUCCCCUGGAUUUCCAUCAUACAUUUACUUCAAUUUUACCCUUGGUAACUCGAACCCUCAAUAACUCAAACUUCCUGCCAACUUAAAGUAAUUCUUGUUCCCCUUUGGAUCAUUAAUUUCUAUAUAAUUUUACCCUCAAUAACUCGAACCAUGUUUUAAGCACGUGAUAAGUAAAAACUAAACAAAAAACACUCUACUGCAGUCCAAAACAUUGAAUUUGUUUUAAAGCAACCAUGUAUUUGUCAGUGUAGUACAAAUACAGUAUCCAAUUUAAUCGAGCUUUGUUGUUUACUUUUUUAAGAUGUCAAUAUAUCUCUUGCUGCCCUGCAUGAAGUGAAGAGUGCAUGGUACUUGCAUUGCAUUUCUUCCACAUUCCUAAGGUUUCCUGUCUUGCCAGUCACCACCACAAUGUUUAUUAAUUUUAUGUGACUUUUGAAAGGCAUUUUUCCCUUAUUUCCAGUUAUUGGCUCUAAACUCCAGAUAACUGGAGCUAACCGGUAAAAUUUACAUGUACCGCCUGAAGCAACGCCCUAAAGGUGUACUAAAAUUAUUGAAGAAGUAUUUUUAAAAGAUACACAAGUUGGGAUCUGAUCCAAUUCUCACAUGCCACAAGGAAAUGAAUGAAUAUAUGGAAAAGUACUAAGUAUCACAGCUUUCCUUUUUAUGGGCCAUGCAUUUUGGAAAGAGAACAUUGAAGACAGUAAAAUGAUUGGAAUCAAAUUAUUGAUUUAAAUUGUUGUGUAAAGGUAACAACGACCUUAAAAUGUCAUUCCUGCAUUUUAAGACCUAUUUUAUGCAAAUUGUGCAUAAAAUAGGUCUUAAAAUGAAGGAAUGACAUUUUAAAGAAGUUAAUUAGCUCAAUUUCCCAGGAAAGGCAGGGCCAUGUCCCGCACUCCACUUCUCCCUGCCCCCAGGAAAGUGCACCUUUGGUGCAUAUUUUUUGCCUCACUUGCUAUGAAUGUUCCCUUACAUGCUGAGCUAAAAUUUAGGGAACAAUGCUGGAACCCCCAAUUUCCCUUGAAGGUUCGAGUUGUCUUGAGUCGACUGUACGUAUUGUGUGCGUUCUGUCCCUUACAAUCUUGACAAACUAAAAGUGAGGAAGAUUGUACAAACUAAGAAUCUUUUUCAGGCUCACCAAAAAUGGUUUCAAGUUUGUUUCAGUUUAUUCUCCAGUUUUACUCUCACCAGCUAUAUAACAGAACCCAGAUCAAAGAAGGCACACAAAGCAAAAUGAAAUAUGGGAUGACCUAUAAAAAUGUUCUGGAAAGAUAGUCUGAUAAAUCUGAAUAAUUUUCCUUGUUCCCCCUUUCAUCAAUUAAGGUAAUCGUACAUUUCCAAAGUUGUUGCUGUGCAACUGGACGUCAGGAUAUCGAUGGUCAACUUCAGUAUUGCUGAGGUAUAGUAUUGGCAACAUUGGUACUGAACAACAUUGUUAUUUUGUAACUUUUCUAUCUAUUUGUUCUUUGCUACUUUUGCAGCCAUGUGAGUUUCUUAUCUAUGGUAUACAUAUAUCUACUGUACGUAACACUUGUCUAUAAUUCUUUUGUUGUACGAGAAACUUUCUUUUUUUGAAAACAAGGUGGAGAGUUAAACUCAACCCCUUAUCCUGUGGCUUAGCCAACCCAUAGUUAUUAGAGGAGACUGGUUAUGAAAAGCGGCAAACAUCAAUGAUAAAAACAACAGUGCUGCAGUUCAUGUUCAAAGCACCGUGAAAGUGCACAAUCCUUUGUUUUCUGUUGGCAAAUUGUUACGGAAUAAAUUAAUGCAACGUUUUUAUUGGUCUAUACAAUCAAAAUGAUAGGAAUUCUUUUGAACGUUGUGCACUUUCAGGUCCACAAAAACAUAUAACAAAGGAGUCUGACGGGUUUCAUAACCAUUCCACUCAAUUAACUAUGGCCAACCCGUCAAUCAUGACAAAUUUUCCCAGCCAGUAGCGCAUAUGGAAUACAUCAUGGACAAACUGGUCAAGUUACCUGAAAGUCAUCUUGCUUGAAGUUUUGGCACCCAAACUGCUGAGUUAAUUUAUAACUAGACACACAGCCACAAAGGCUUAAAGCACAGUCCCUAAAAACUUUGUAUUUGUCAUUCUUUGAAGAUGAAAAUUAACUUUUCAGUAACUUGAAUGUAAACACUUUAACUGUAUGACUAGAGUCAUUAUAUAAUAAUAUGUGCCAAGCCCCAAAAUACACUAAUAACAUUCCUUUGAGUCAAACAAGCUCCCAAUAGCCCCUAUGCAUGAUUACGUCAGACGAGUAAAUUUCACCAACAAGCCUCGUUUGUGAACAAAAUUUUUUGCAUUUGCACUUUUUGUGUGUGGGUAUUCUUUUCAACUCUACUGCCUUGGGAAUUCAUUUCUGUGAAACUUCGCUUAUUUUUAAUUUCAAAACGAGGCUUGGUGGUGAAAUUUGCUUGUGUGACGUAAACAUGCAUAAGGGCUAUUAUUGUUGCACGAUUUUGUCUUCCUUAUCAAAAAAGAAAUUUCCUCAGUUAUGUUUGAUGACAUAUCAUUUCUUAGUUGUGCAUAUAUGUUACAGGUCAAAAUUAAAUUCAGGUUAAAAUUUUUUUACUAGGUUGAUUCUCAAUUUCCUUUGUAUCCUAUCCCUAAUUAUUCAUGAAUUAGGAUGAGGAAACAAAGAAAACUGAGAAUCAAUCAGGUUAAAAAAUUUUAACCUGAAUUUAAUUUUGACCUGUAAUAUAUACAUUAAAGAAAGAAACUAGGUUUAUUUUGUUACCACUCAAUGAAAGGUAGAUGGAAGAGAAUGUCUUGCUUUUUAGUACAUUUAUAGGCUUUUUUGAAAAUACCAUAAUACUCUUUGUUGUCCCUCCAAAAAUUUGCAUAAGCAUUGUUUUCAAUUUCUCUUAAGACUUACAAUUGCCCCAAGAAAAAUUGAAUACAAUGCUUAUGCAAAAUUUUGGAGGCACAACAAAGAGUAUUAUGGUACUUUUAAAAAAGGCCUAUUACAAAUUAAACACUAAAGAAACAUCUAAAUGUUCAACAGUCAGAUCAUGGGAGUUUAACACGUACAUGUAGCAUGUAGGUUUGCUAUCUGCAGUGUCUAUCACUUUACUCCCAAUAUAAACUGGCUUCCGGGUGACUGACUGUAUAUGCCCAAGGUUAGUAGCAAUACAUGCAGAUACAGAGUAUAUAAUGUCAAAAGAAAAAUUAAUAAAUCAUAAAUAAGUUUCCACAGGAGCCCAUAACCCGGAGCGAGCAACUCCCAUCAUUGGACAGAUUUAGCACAUUUAGGAAAUUUUUUUUAAUUACAUCAUUGUCCAAUGAUAUUAUCCAUGUAUAUUCCCGACUGUAAAAUCAGACUUGCUUCUUUCCGUUGUUCAGAUCCUUUAACGCUGCAAUUCUGGUUUUGACUGAUAUCUUUGUAAUCAGAUAGGAACAUUGUUUUCUUUCCCCUUUGGCGGUUUAAAAACAGUAAGAUAAAAGAGUGAAUCACAAGUAACUUGAUGCUAUCUAAAAAAAUAGAAUUGCAUUAUCCUUGCUUAAGCUAUAUAUGCUGAUUAAAAUGAGUAAAAUUUAACUGUUUUUGUAUGUUUCAGCUUAACCUUAGGUGGUUUUGGCGUGGACAGAUUUUACCUGGGGCACUGGAGAGAGGGCCUUGGAAAACUCUUCAGCUUUGGAGGCCUUGGAGUAUGGACCCUUGUGGACCUGAUUCUUAUUAUUAUUGGAUACGUUGGACCAGCGGAUGGCUCACUCUACAUAUUCUAGACAUGUUCGCCGAACUCUUUCUAGUGAUAUUAUUCAUUCCUGUUAGGAAUGCAGGGUCAUUCCUUAUGGAGAGACGGGUCCGGGAGUUAGCUGAUGCUGAUAGGACUUCCUUCGGCACGCCUCCAAAAUGUCCUUUAUUGAGAGGGCUAAACUGGAAAGUGCAACGCCGCAAAUCCUAGCAACGCUACAGAAAAUGAAAACAUGAAAAACUAAAAACAAAACGAGAAUAGGAAGAUAAGGAAAAGCCGCAAAUCAAGGAAGAUGACCACGCCCCAAAGACCAAACUGAGGCCCGACACUCAAACGAGUGAAAUUUGAAAACAUAAAAAACUAAAAAAGGUUGCAAAACGAAAUUUAGGAAGAACAUCCUGUUAGUUUACUAAACUUUUUAAAAGUUUACUAAAAAGUUCUAAGGAAAAACCGAUGGAAGUUGACCAGUGGCGGAUUUUCAAACAUGAUUCUCUUUUAGGGGCCCAGGGCUCAAAAUUUUGAGAAAAAUGGAAAGAUAGUUAUGUUGACUAACUGAUUUAUACAUCUUUGCCCAUUUUUCUCUAACUGGUACAAAAAUAGCGAAACGUUUGAGGCCCGAAGGGCCGAAAAACAGUUGUUGAGACUGGACACUCCCCUUAUCUCAGGAUCUGGAUGACUGCCCCCUCCCCAGGUCUGGAUCCGCUACUGAUGACUGACAGGACUUCAAACAAUCAAUUUGUGUGUUUCGCCGAUACGGACGCCCGCUGUGUACUCACGGUUUAGCAAAUUUUGCAUGAAAACAAAGCCAUCGAUGUAAAAAUUAACACCUGUACAAAGAGAUCGUCGUUAUUUUUUGUCUUUAUUUAGGUUUCUUGCUGGGGGUGAUUUUUAAUGUGUUUUUGUGUGUGUGUCGGUUUUAUAUUCGAAAGAGAUUAGAAAAAAGGGGGAAACCUAUACUACAUAAUCUUGUUUUCUCCGCGUAUUAAUUGUGAGGG